UUACUAUCUCGGAUUUAGUUGAUGUGCAACAAUACGUAAAUAAACAUGAAAUUGUUUAUAUACGCCUUUAUAGUCAUGGCCUUGGGUGCAGUCACUUUGGCCCAGGAACAUUUGAGAUAUUUUAAGCAUUUGGAUCAUCCCGGUAAAUGUGUAUUUGAAGAUCUUGUCUUAUCACCUGGCGAGGAGGGCCAACCCAAAGGCAGUUGUUUACGUCUAUCAUGCAGGCAAAGGGAUGGCCUAGGCUCCCUGAAACUUUGCAGCCCAGCACAGCCUGCCAAACCCAAUUGCAAAGUAGGUGGCCUAAUCAAUCCGAGUGGUGUAUAUCCGUCAUGUUGUGAACGACAAGUGAUUUGUAAAUAAUUUUGUAUAUAAUAACUGUGUGAUAUAUGGAAAAAUUAUAAAAUAGAAUAUUAAAACUUC